CUAUCGCGAAUACUUCGGCAAUCGAGUUGGAUUUCACGUUUGCAGGCCGAGCCGUUCGUCUUCGCGAAAACCUCGCCAAGUCGUCAAAACUCGUUCUCGACCGCUGCUACUGAACGCCAAAGCAGUUUGGUGGACAGCCGGACGAUUGCCUCUUGCACGCACGACUUUGUUCACCGCGACGAACGCACGAAGAAACGAAAUAAUAUGUUAAAAUGACGAGCGAGAGAAGCUCAUAAUAAAUUAUUUUUCUCUUCAUUUAACAAAUUCGCCAAAAUCCAAACUUCGAAGAAGAAAAAGCUGUCGUCGCAUCUUCGUGAUUCACAGCUAUAAUUCACCAUCGCCAGACAUAGGCCUACGAAAGCAAAACAAGUCCUCUGACCGUUUACAUCGCAUCCUCGCGCGAAUCUCGAAUGCGAUUCCGGCGCAUUCCUCUGCUAGGUGGCGUUGUGGCAAAGGACGCACACGUGUAUAAUUAUAGCUGCUCGAUUCCACAACACAAUUGUGUACAUACAUACGCAUACACAAGAACUCGCGCUCAUUCGAAUCCCUUCAGGCGAAAAUGAUGGUUAAAUCCACGUGUGCUACGCCACACGUUCAACCCUUCUUCCUAAAAGGUUGCCGCGUACAUUUUCUUUCGAAAUAUCUUUUUAUAUUGCCAAUACGUAUUACAAUAACGCUACGAAUUCUCUAAUAAGAUCAACUACAAUGCAUAUUCAGUCAAUUAUCGGCCCGAUAAUUCACUGCACAGCUCCUACUGAGUUCAGUGUCCACAACAAGGCACAAAUAGAUAUUAAGGAUGGCGUGAUAAUUAAUAUUGAAUUGAAUCCUGAUGAAAGCAGAGCUUGGAAAAAAAAUGUUAAACUACUGAAGAAAGGACAGUUUCUCAUUCCAGGCUUCAUCGAUGGCCAUAUACAUGCUGUGCAAAUGCCAAAUCUUGGUCUUGGCUAUGAUAAACCAUUGCUUGAAUGGCUUGAUACUUACACCUUUCCUCUUGAAAAAAAGUAUAUUGACAGUGAAUUUGCUGAAAAAGUUUUUGAUGCUUCUGUGAAAAGAACUUUGAAAAUGGGAACAACUACAGCUUGUUAUUAUGCCUCCAUACACGAGAAAGCAUCAUUGAUUCUAGCAGAAAAAGUUGCUCUCCAUGGUCAACGAGCAUUAGUUGGCAAAGUUAAUAUGAAUAGCUGCCAUGAAAAUGAAUACUAUGAAAAUGGAGAUGAUUCUGUGAGGGAUACCAUCAAAUUUAUUGACGCAGUAUUAACAAUUGAUAAUCCUCUAGUACAACCAGUAAUUACACCUAGAUUUGCAUUAAGCUGUGAUUUAAAUUUAAUGAAAAAAUUAGGCGAUUUAGCAAGAAAGAAAAAUGUGCAUGUACAGACACACAUCUCUGAGAAUCUGGAUGAAGUUAGAACUGUGACAAAAUUAUUUCCUGAACUUUCAUCUUAUGCAGGAGUAUAUGAUGCUGCAGGUUUGCUAACAGAUAAGACAGUAUUAGCUCAUGGAAUUUAUUUAACUGACGAUGAACUUGUUUUACUAGAAAAAAGACAAUCAGCCGUUAUUCACUGUCCUUCAUCAAACACAUGUUUGAGGAGUGGAUUAUGCGAUGUCCGAAGAUUACAAGCAGCAAAUGUCAAAGUUGGACUUGGAACAGAUGUUUCUGGCGGUAAUUUUCCAUCUAUAUUAGAUGCCAUGAGAGCUGCUUUACAAGUUUCAGUGCAUUUAUCAUUUGUAAAAUCAAAUUAUAAGCCACUUACAUAUAGAGAUGUAUUUUAUUUAGCUACUCUAGGAGGUGCUGAAGCUUUAACAAUGAGUGAUAAAAUUGGAAAUUUUGAGACUGGAAAAGAAUUUGAUGCUCUAGUCAUUGAUUUAAAUUCUUCAAAUAGUGUUCUUGAUAAUAUUCUAAAUUAUACCCUUGAAGAAAAGUUACAACGAUUUAUUUACUCUGGAGAUGAUCGUAACAUAGCAGAAGUAUAUGUUUCUGGGCACAGAGUAGUGUAAAAAAUUAUUGGCCAAUCAAUAACAUUUGUUCUAUAAUAAAAAAUGGAAGAAUCUAAUAUGCUCAUUAUGUACAAAAAAUAUAUUUUAUUAAUGACGUCUAUAAAAUAUUCCUCAUUAAAAAUAUAUA